GGGGGGGAUUCCGUCCACAUACGCGACAGGGCAGGACUUGAUGAACACAAGGCCUGCAAGGGGGAAAGACUAGUCCAAACUCCAAAUUAAAAGGAUGUCAUCUGACUGCUAAUGCACAGUGUGGAGGGCAUGUCCUCGCCAUAUUGUGCCCAAUACCCAUGCAAGUGUGACAACAUCAGUGCAUUCAAGGCUUCGCAGGACUGGAGUUCGGGAUGCCUUCGAUCCAAAGAUGUCAUUCACUCUCAUGCCAAAUGGCAGAGAGUCCACAGAUUGAUGUGCGGAAGGCAGCAAUUCUAUGUAAAGAGAAAUCACGGCGUUCGAAGUGCUGCCAUCCUGCAGAUAUGCCGAUCAUUCCUGAGCAGGCAAUGGAGUUCCUCUCUCGGACAUGGAGCCCCUCCUCGUCAGAUCUCUUCCAAGUAUUCUCACCCAGUACCCUUAGAACAUCAUCUGAGAACCUUCAGCCAGAAAAGGCAAGCAAAGAUGAAGAGGAGAAUGAAGAAAAAGACGAAGGCCAAGAUGAAGGCACACAUCUAUCCACAGUCCAUGUCAGUGGUGGAAAAAAUCAAUCAUUCAAUCAGACAUGGUGUGUUCUAGCCAGUGAGAUGCCUAGCCCCAUACAGCGCAAGCACAAGCUAAAGCAACCGACUUGGCAACUCAACGUCAAAUACAUGAAGGAAAUUUUGCGAGGUCAUUUCUUGAAUGGUGUCGCGGUCACCGGACGCCAGCAAAAGAAGAGGAAAGAAGAGCUUCGGCUGCAAGCAGCAAAGGCCCACGCGUCUGUCUCGGUUGCUCAGCUUGCAGCAGCUAUUGCGAGCAUUGUGUCGGUAUGCGAGCUGAGGCCAGCCAACCUGAAGUGUGUCGAGGCUGCUGACUGUAAGAAGAUGGGUACGGUGCUGGCUUCUGCUGCCGCGCUGAUCGCCACUGUCUGUGCAGAGGCUGCGGAGAUCUCCGGGGCCGACAGGUCCCGCGUAAGGUCCGCUGUGAAAACUGGACUAGAGAGCUGCUCCUCCACUGAACUGCUCACCCUCACCGCCACUGCUGCUACAUGUCUGAGAGGAGCUGCAGCUCUGAAACUGAGGGCGGAUGCCAGGGGGAUCAGCAGGAAUAGCUCAGUGGGCAUCAACGCUACGAGCUUCCGAAAAGGCACAAUUCUCAGGGUUAGGUUGCCUUGUGGGAGUGUACGAGUGAGGACCGUGGCCUUCUUCCCCCAGCACGGCACAGUGGCGCUGAGACUGGGAAAGAGGCAUCUGCACGGGGUAUUUUCAACCUACAAAGAUUACGAGGUGCAGGCCGUCUCCAUCGACGGCGGCGAGGUGGUGGUGGACGACGGCCCGGUGCUGUUCCCGCUGGCGCUGAGCACGGCGGCGGGUGUGGUGCAGCUGCUGCUGGACAGCCAGGUGCACUGCAAGGUCUGGAAGAGUGCCAUCGAGGACAUGCUGCUGUCCGACCAAAACACCAAGCACGCCAAACGCUGAGCCUUCGUCGUCAGGCAAAUCAAAUGCAUACCUAUGCGGAUACGAUUGCCUCUCUUUUUUUUUUUCCUGCGCCUGUACACCUCGCCUGAUAUGCAGAGGUGUAAUGUACUAUAUUGCACUGCAGGUUUUAGGUUUUUUAUUGUGUGUGUACUCUAUGUACGACGCAACCAGAUGCUGGGGCUUGGCUCCCUGUGAUGUUGGCUGCAAUUUUUCUACAUUCUUAGGAGUGGAGCACGGCUCUCCUGCGUAUUCUCCAGACAAGAAUGUAGUUGCUUGUGUAGUAUGAGAAAAUAUGAAUGUUAUGCGUGUACCGAAGUAUGUAAGUGUGUAAGUUAUAUAUAUACAUGAAAUGAAAGAGGUGUAUUCUCCCUUUAUUUUCAGGUUGCUUGUACCAAAUGAGUAGAUCGAGUUCGUUCUCGUACUUGAAUAAUGCAAAUGAAUUCAUGUGA